GUCUGUUUUUGUUUUUGCUUCCACAAGAAAGAACACUCCAAAUUUAAAUUGUCUUCUUUCUCCACACUUGCAGCCCAGACAAAAGCAAUAGUAAACACAAACUUUUUCCACCUAUAUUUCAUCACUCAAUCAGUACCAAAAAAAAAUCAGACCAAAAUGAGUUUCUUGUCUUCUUCCUCUCAAAAUUCUGAUUAAACAAGACAUUUUUGUCCUGUUUUUUUUUCAAUAAACAAGAAGAAAAAAAAAUCUUGAAAUUCACUUCAAUUUCCUCAAUGUCUUCAGAACUUAUUGUAUUUGACAACUUUUUUACUGACCCUUUUUCUCCAUCUUUCAUAGAUAACUCAAUUUUCCAAGAAAACAACAAUUUCACCAUGCCUACCAACUGUUUGAUACAACAACUCCCUGAAACCAAAAUUGAUGAAACAACUUCAUUUGACCAAAUCACUUCCACCCUUCUUUCAUCUUCACCUCCAAGUCAUCAAUUUGAGAAUCUUUCACUUUGUCCAAUUGGAAAUCCAAAUUUUGAAUUUGGUGAUUUCUCUGUAAAAGCAGAGGAAUUUCAGGUCCAUUUUGAAUCUGAUCAUUUUGGUGCUUUUCAAAAUGAUGUGAAAUUGAUGCAGAGGAGUUUUAGUAGUAAUUGUUUUGAUAAUAAUAAUAAUAAUAAUAGUGAGAAACAAAGUUUCUCUAUUUUUACACCAAACUUUGAUAGUUUAAUUGAAUCUACAAAUUUUCAAACAUCAGCUGCAAUUAGCUCACCUGAAAACAGCUUUUCUUCUGGCCAAAUGAGAAGAGUUUGCAGCACUGGUGAUUUGCAAAAGAUGAAGACAAGUCAAACAAGGAACACUUUAUCGACAAGUCCAUUAUCAGGAGAAAGAACAUUUAUUGAAGAAGCAUCAAAUAUCAAAGUGGGAAGAUAUACUGCAGAAGAAAGAAAAGAAAGAAUUCAUAGAUACAGAGCAAAAAGAACUCAAAGAAAUUUUAACAAAACUAUUAAGUAUGCAUGUCGAAAAACACUAGCGGACAAUCGUCCAAGGGUUCGUGGCAGAUUUGCUCGUAACGAUGAAGUUGGUCUUGAGAUUCCGAAAACUUCAUCAUCAACAUUGUUUAAUCGAUACGAAGAUGAAGAUGAUAUUUGGAUUGAGGGAGUUCAUGAAGAGGAAGAAGAUCAUCAAGGCUCAAUAGGGAGAAGACAAUUGUAUCACAACUUUAGUUCAAUGACACAAUAUCAUCAACAAUAUUCAAGCCACUAAAUUGGGUCAUAAUUAGAGAUUAUUUUUUAUAAUUAAGUCAUUAAAGUUUGGAUUAAUUAACCAUAAUUAAUAGAAGAUAUUAGCUAUGGUUUAAUUUAUGAAUAAAUUAAUUAGGUGCACUUGCAUGUGCAACAAUUUAAAUGUCUAUGAAGGGAAUAGACUAGCUAUAGUAUAUCGAGCACAAAGUGUUUUUCUGUCUUUUUUAUUUUUUUUAUUUAGGAGUUUAUUAGUUAUUAUUAAGAGGUCAUGUACAACUUAUUGUCUUCUAUUUUAUUAAAAAAUUAUAUAAGAUUUCUAUUAAUUGAAUCUGUAAUUA